UCUUUAAUAAUUUUGAAUCUUAAACAUUUUCUAAAUCUCAUACCAAAAUAAAAAGAAAGAAAUGAGAAUAAACUCAAAAAUCAAUUUUUAUAUUGAGCAAUAACCAAAAUGACACAAAAAGAAGAAAUCUAUCGAAGAUAGAUAUGAUUGACACGUGAAUGUAAACUUCUCAUAACCAUAAUUAACUUUUAAAUUGCUAAAUCAUGAUGUAAGACCGAGCUGACAUAGUUUCAUUGUAACCAAAUGAUAUCACUCAAAUUACAGUAAGGAGUGAUUUAUACUGAAGUCAAGUUAUAGUACUUAGAGAUCGAAUUCACAUGGAGCUAGAGAACCAAUUAGAUCUAAUAGUUAUAUGAUUAAGCAAGACUAAUAGUUUAUAAAGCAGUAAAAUAGCAAAGCAGUAAACAAGUUGAACAAGACAAUUGUUCAGCUUAGCAAAGAGUUGUUUGAUGGAAAUGAUGGUUGCUAGAUCUAGGAUUUCUAUUCAGGUAAUCAAAAUUAUAAUGAUAUAGAGGCUAAUUGUUGCUUGCAAGAUAUUAUAGAACUCAACUGGGAGUAUAAAUCUAACAACUUCCGUUGUAUAGACAGUCUAAUAUCCAGAUCUUGGAUCUCAACUCUCGUUUAUUGAUCACAAGAAAGUGUCGAUCAAUUAUUCUAUGAAAAUAUCGAUUGAUACACUUUUCACAAUAUCGAUCGAUUAAUCUAUUGGAUCAUCGAUCGAUAUCGCUUCUAGCAAGCUUUACGAUCGGGUUGAAUAUGUGUUCACUAGGGUUCCUAAAAUCAACUCUAUUGAUGAUGAUGACAUAUUAAAUGGGCUUAGCCCAAUAAGUGAGUUAUUGUAUAAUGUUAGGCCCAUUGUGUUUUAAUUUCACCCGGUUUAGAUACGUGGGAACAUAUCACCGACUGGGUUACUCCGACUCGGUCGAAUUUGGCCGUAGGAGAUGUCUUCAAACCUCCGUCGAAUUGAAUUAUCUGAUCUUCCGAUAUCUUCAGGAAUCAGGGUUGACACACGCUGCAUUCACACUAGUUAAUAAAUGCAAAAUCGAUGGGAAUAUGGUUCCACCGGGUGCUCUUGUCAAGUUUGUUCAGAAAGGUCUCCACUAUAUGAUUUUGCUGUGUUACUUGCAGCAGGGGGCAGCGAACAUUGACGAGGAUUUCUCAUUCUUUCAACCGUUGGAUCUGAUCUCAAAGGAUGUAAAAGAGUUGCAGGUGAUGCUGAGGGAGAGGAAGAGGGAAGAGAGGCAUAAGGACAAGGACAGAGAAAGAUCUAAAGAAAACGAUAAAGAGGUUGAACGAGGUCAUGAUGGAGAUCGCAGCAAAUCAGCUUCUUUGAAGAGAAGCAUGGAGAGAAUGAAAUUAGAGAGGGAAAAGGCUCAUGCAAAUCAGCUUGGAGAUGGUGAUAGGGACAUGGCUAUUGACCAAAAUGAGAAAGAAAACGCUGGAGAUGAAGAGCAUGGCCCUUCUUCGGGUCGAACCACCAUGACUCCGACAUCUCUGCCGUCUCGCAUUUCUAAUUCUGAUGUGAGGGUUUUGGAAGGGCAUACUGCUGAGGUUUGUGCGUGCGCAUGGAGUCCGUCGGCUUCAUUGCUUGCCUCAGGGUCUGGUGAUACGACAGCACGUAUCUGGAGUAUUCCGGAAUCUGGUCGUAGUAUCAGCACUUUGAUCCUGAAACAUGCAAAAGGAAAGUCAAACGAGAAGUGCAAGGAUGUGACUACUCUUGACUGGAAUGGUGAGGGGACUUUACUUGCAACUGGUUCCAUGCAUGAGUAUGAGUAUGACACCGGAUGCAAUUGCAAUAUAGGGCCAACACUUGACGUUGAUUGGCGCAACAAUGUGUCUUUUGCAACGAGUUCUACGGACACAAUGAUCUACUUAAGCAAGAUUGGAGAAACUCGGCCUGUCAAAACCUUUGCUGGUCAUCAGGGUGAGGUUAAUUGCGUGAAAUGGGAUCCUACCGGUACUUUACUGGCCUCGUGCUCUGAUGAUAGUACCGCUAAGAUGUGGAAUGUAAAACAACACAGCUUUGUUCAUGAUCUCCGAGACCAUUCUAAGGAGAUAUAUACAAUCAGAUGGAGCCCUACAGGACCAGGAACCAACAAUCCUAACAAACCGCUAACUCUUGCGAGUGCAUCAUUUGACUCAACAGUAAAGAUAUGGGAUGCAGAACUAGGAAAGAUGCUAUGUAAUCUCAACGGCCACAGGGACGCGGUAUACUCAUUGGCGUUUAGUCCAAACGGGGAGUACAUAGUGAGUGGGUCAGUGGACAAAUCGAUACACAUAUGGUCAUUAAAAGAAGGCAAGAUCGUGAAGACAUACACAGGAGCUGGAGGGAUUUUCGAAGUGUGUUGGAACAAGGAAGGUAACAAACUCGCAGCUUGUUUCGCUGAUAACUCGGUCUCUGUUCUAGAUUUCAGAAUGUAGUUUUAGAAGUGUAGUAGUAUCCGUCUAAACACCCUCAUUACAAGCCUUAUUUUGUUGCUGCACAUAUAUUUAUUAUAAAGCUAAAA